CCCCUCAUGCAAAAAUCAGCGAAACCAAAAUUAAAAAAUCUAAAUCAGCAGGACAUUUGCAGAAUUUGAUUUCUUUAUUGACCUAAAAAUGGCCGCCAUGUUUUUGUCCAAAUCUGCUGUCUACAACCUCUCCAAGUCCUCCGUGAAGACCACCACAUCUCUUCCUGUCCGCUCCAAAGUUUCUAGGGUUUGCUUCGCAGCUUCCUCCAGACACGAUCCCGAGGGAAGGAAGGCGGCGGGCGGUGACAAUGGAAGAAGAGAUUACAGCACCUCGUACAAUGCGGAGGAGGAGGCGGCGGCCGCUGACACGACUCGGGAGGUGAAGGAGAACGCGGCGGCGAUGAAGGAGAGGGCCGCCAGAAAGGCGGAGGAGGCGAAGGAAAGGACGGUGGGGUCGAUGCAGGAGACGUCGGAGAAGGCGAAGCAGAGAGCCGAGGAGAUGGGGGAGAAGACGAAGAGCGCCGCCGAGAGGAUGGCGGAGGGGACGAAGGAGAAAACCAUGAACAUGGCGGAGAAGGCGAAGGAGACGGGGAAAGGCGCGGCGGGGAAGGUGAAGGAGACGGUGGAGGGGGCGGCGGGGAUGGUGAAGGACGCCACGCAGAAGAUCAAGGAAACGGUGGUCGGAAAGUCAUCCGACGCCGAGGAUUACGUGGAGGAUCACGUCAGGGAAUCUGACCGCCGCGAUAUUAAGGAUUAAUUAAUUAUUAAUAGUUUUUUUUUUUUUUUUUUGUGGUGGAUUGGGUGGGGUGGGGUGGGGUGGGAGUUGAGGGGAUCUAUGCCUAUGCUACCUAAUGUGUUUUUUAAGUUCUUGGUGUAAGGGAAAAAUAAUAAAAGUCAAAUGUAUGAGCAUAUUGACUUUCUGUGAGAAAAAUGGAUCGAUGGGUAGGAAUUUGUUUGAAUUAUUGAUUGAUGGUGUUGAGAUUUUUUUGGGUCUUUGACAAAAUACCCAAAAGAUCAUUGGGGAAACUUCCAAUGCGAUAAGUUGGGCUUACAAAAGCCCACUAAGCUGUUUAACCCAUAAAGGAGAGGGCUUUUUCUUAAAGGGAGCAUAUAAUAAAAAUAAUAAUGAUAAGUGUAAGGGAUAAGUUUCGGUGGGUUCAAAUUCCGACGCCUCAGCUCAUGAAACGUGCGCACUCUCGGAAGGGGUUGUUUCGGGGAAGUUUCGGGGAAUGGGUUUCACGUCAAAAAAAAAAAUAAUAAUAAUAAUAAUUAAUUUAUCUCUAAACGAGUUUAUGCAAAA